GGGUUUCGUCAGAUUUGGACAGUGUCCAUGUCUCAGAGGCGUAUGUGAGUACUGGUACCACUUGUCACUUGUCACUCAUAGCGGCUGGUUGUGCUUUCUCACUCUGCUAUUUCCAAGUUGAUUUUUACCGCGAUUUUCUUGGUGUUUAAGUGCUUGAACUGUUUUAGUUCGGUUAAUUUGCACUCGCGCGUUCACGUAUCACAAAUUUGUGCGGCACCUGUGAAUUGUACGGUUCAACAUAUAAACAUUGCAAUCCGCCUGCGGUUGUUGUGACCACUCACUGUGCAGUUGAACUUUGCGCUAUUUUGCGAUGGCGUCCGUGAUCUGUAAGAAAUGUGAAGGUGCUAUUAGCAACGAUCCAAUUCCGUGCUUCGGUCUGUGUGAACACUACUACCACGAUAAGUGCAUUGGACUUUCAACCCCGCUCCUGCGUGAUUUUAAGAAGUCACAAAAUUUAUUCUGGGCUUGCGCGGAUUGUGCUCAGCGUUUGCGGGCCGUUGACACUUCACGCUUCUCGCACGGCCUUUCUCGUGAUGCUGCCUACCUGUUGGAAUCAUUGCAGUCCGAUUUCCGCGAUACCUCACGUUCUGUGCUGGCGACAUCAGCUGGCUUGCGACUUGAAUUUUCCUCUUCACUUGAUUGUUUUAGAAACGAGAUAGCUUUGAUGAAACAGGAAUCGGCAUCAUCAAUUCGUUCCGUGAAAGAUUUCAUCGACUCACUUACUGCUUCUCACUCAAUGGAACGCAACUACUCACAGGCUCCACUACUCACAACGCUUGAUGAAGUUAAGCAUGGCAUCAAGGGGCUUGAUCUCAUGCACCGUGAGUUUCUCACUUUCUUCAACUCACUAAUGAACAAGCUCAACUCUCAUCUUGCCACGCAUACUACUACAUCGAGUGCUCACCAUUCCGCGAUUCCUGCUACGCACUCAACGACCACGAAUCCAGUUGCGGCCUCUAAGCUCACCCAUCAAGCUGUUGGUGAGAAUCCUUCCAAACGUCGAUUGAUGGAUCGCUCUCCCGACCCGUCGCCUACCAAUACCGUUACACGCGCUAUGCUGUCAUCGGGUACAGGGUUGUCCUGCAAUAAUAUUACGACCGUUUCUGAACGCCCACCCCGUACUUGGGUCUUUAUCUCCCGUAUUGCUCCUGAUACUCCGAUUGAAGCGAUCCGUGAAAUGGCCUGUUCCAACAUAGGGACAGACGACAUCUUGGUAUACAGCCUUGUACGACGCGACCGGGAUCUUUCUACGCUCUCCUACGUACCUUUUAAAAUUGGUGUACCGGAUUCGCGCCGGGCUAUUGCUUUGGCUGCUUCAACCUGGCCUCGCGGGAUCUCUUUUAAGGAGUUCAUCGACCUUAAUCCCCGCUCCGUCAAUGUUUGGCGACCCACUACUGCAGCAUCCCAUGCACCUUCUGCGCCUAUUACCCGUGAAUCGGAUCAUCAUUCAUCGCCACCUUCUAUCAACCACACGACACAACUGCGAAACGCUGAUUUCACUAUUUCGCCCGAUCAUGGUCCUAUGAGCUUGCCUUAUACGCAGUACUUUCAGCAAGCGUAAACCGGCUGAUCCGGCUGAAAAUCAUGAACUACCGACUUUACCCGAAUUGAUGGAAGCUAACCCUGCAUCUAAUACACACAAUCCGUCCGACUCUCUUCCGCCGUUAACAACUUGCAGCAAGAGCACGCCCAUCGCAUCUCGCUCUCUCAUCCCUUCGAUCGAUCGACUAAACAUCUACUAUCAAAACGUAAAAGGAUUGCGCACAAAACUAGACGAGUUACGCCUCUCUCUAUCUGAGCUUGAUAUGGAUGUGUUGGUGUUAACUGAAACAUGGCUCGAUGGCUCAAUUCCGUCCUCUCUUAUCUCGGAGGAUGCGUAUGUCAUCUAUCGCUGCGACCGAAAUUCUCUCAACAGUAACCGUUGCCGUGGUGGUGGUGUACUCAUUGCCUGCUCUUCCGUGCUGAACACGUCAACUUUAUCACUGCCGUUCGACUCGUUGGAGUCUGUUUGGACAAUUGUUAAGCUUCAAAACCUUGCAAUCUAUAUCGGCGCCGUUUACAUCCCACCCGAUUUGCGUUCUUCCGAAGUAGUCCUUUACAUGAGAGUGUUAGUUUCGUUGCUGGCAAACUUAAACCAAAUGAUCUUAUGGUGUUACUUGGUGAUUUUAAUUCACCAUCACUCUCCUGGCAACCGUCGGCAUCGUGCGUUAAUCACUUCAUUCCUACUGGUGUAUCUCGUGAAAAUGUUUCUCUGCUUGAUGGAAUGUCGGUAAACGGUUUGCUGCAAUUAUCCGGCAUAAAAAAUAUACGCGGAAGACAAUUAGAUCUUCUAUUUGCCAAUGCUGCCUUCUUGGAGUGCUGCUCCCCCGUCAUAGCUUCACCUGUUCCACUCGUCGCGCUAGACAAUCAUCAUCCUACUCUUGAGACAAGCGUGCUCCUUACGCACUCUCGCCCUGCAUCCUCUCAACGAAUACCUACGGCUCGUAUGUUCAAUUUUAGGAAACUGGACUACCAAAAGCUUCAUCGUAUAUUAGCCGAUACCGAUUGGUCCUUUAUUGAUGCUGACUGUGACAUAAAUCAAGCUGUAGCAGCGUUUACUAAUGUAAUCACUUCCGCCUUCCCUUCCUGCUGUCCUCUCCUUAAACCCGCUCCUAAUCCUAAGUGGUCGAACAGAGCUUUACGUCAAUAAAAAUCGGACAAAAACCGCGCGCAACGCGCCUACCGUUUAAAUAAUACUUUACACAAUCUUUGUGUAUAUAAAUAUGUGGCUAAGGCUUAUCGUCUUCUUAAUCGCCAUCUGUAUUGUCGCUACGUUCGGCGUCUUCAAAUGCGCUUCACUAUUGAUCCUGGGUCAUUCUUUCGUUUUGCGAACUCUCGGCGAGGCUCUGCUAGCCUUCCAUCCACCCUGUUUCUUGAUCUGUCUUCUGCUACGUCCAAUCCUGAUAUAUGUAAUAUUGUGGUCCAACCUGACUACGCAGUCUGUCCACCGGGACGCGCCACUCACCGACAGCAGUCGACGGCUGUCGUAUGAUGUGUGCGUGAGUUCCCGGGUC